AUGCGCGUCACUCCCUUCGUCGUUGCCGCUGCCGUCGCCGCCACCUCGGUGAGCGCCGCUCCCGUCACCAAGGAGCACCAGGAGGUCAAGCGCGACCACAUCCACGUCGUCCGUGCGAUCCCCGACGCGCGCCACAUCACCAGGAUUGUCCACGACAAGAUCCACACGACCAAGAUGCACCACGACAAGGUCCACACCACCAAGAUGUACCACGACAAGAAGCACACCACCAAGAUCUGCCACGACAAGAAGCACACCACCAAGGUCUACCACGACAAGGACCACGUCGUCAAGCCGGUGGCCAAGCCCGUCGAGGAGCACGAGGACAAGAUCGAGAACCACGCCCAGUUUGUCCCCAUCCAGGGCACCAUCGCUGGUCUCUCGGGCGUGAGCAACUCGGCCACCGCCCGCCGCGGCAUCGACAACGCCUCGCAGUUUGUGCCGAUCCAGGCCACCCUCGCCGGUCUGGCCGGCGUCGCCAACGAGGCCAACGCUCGCCGCGGCAUCGACAAUGCCUCGCAGUUCGUCCCGAUCCAGGCCACCCUCGCCGGUCUGGCCGGCGUCGCCAACGAGGCCAACGCCCGCCGCGAUAUCGAGAACCACGCCCAGUUUGUUCCGAUCCAGGCCACCGGUGCUCUGUUCUCCGGCGUCUCCAACAGCGCCACGGCCCGCCGUGACAUCGAGAACCACGCCCAGUUUGUCCCCAUCCAGGGCACCAUCGCCGGUCUCUCGGGCGUGAGCAACUCGGCCACCGCCCGUCGUGAUAUCGAGAACUCGGCCCAGUUCAUCCCGAUCGAGGCCACCCUGGCCGCGCUCUCGGGCGUGUCCAACAGCGAGACUGCCCGUCGUGACAUCGACAACCACGCAGCCUUUGUGCCCAUCCAGGCCACCGGCGCCCUCCUCGCCGGCGUCUCGAACGGCAUCGAGACCCGCGACAUCAAGAACUCGGCCAACUUCCUCCCGAUCCAGGCUACCCUCGCCGCCUUCUCCGCGGUGUCCAACAACAUCGAGACCGGCACCGAGAAGACCGAGGCUCCCAAGGUUGUGGUCGUCGAGCACGAGCACGAGCACGAGCCCGUCAAGGAGGUCGAGGAGGUCAUUGUCCGCAGCGUCAAGGCGCCCCUGGACCACCACCACGACUGGAAGCACGACCACGAGGAGAUGGCCAAGGUGUUUAAGCACUGCAAGCUCGACGCCGCCUCCAAGGUCGAGGAGAUCAUGGACGACGUCUACCGCAUCCUCGACCCCUACCUCCCCUGCGUCGAGGACAAGCAGGGCAACCGCGCCGGCUUCUGUGGCUCGCUCAUCCCCUCGGUCCAGCCCAAGUGGCAGAACCACUACAACGUCGAGGCCAAGGAGUGGCACCACACCAUCGACGAGAUCAAGGAGCACUGGAAGGAGGCCAAGCACGACCGCUGCGAGAGGCUCGAGGCCGAGCUCUACGAGCACUUCCACGCCUUCCUCCCCUGCGAGGACGGUGAGGGCUACUGCCGCUCGCUCGUCCCCGACUACAAGAAGUGA